AUGUUCACUUUCAAAGCGUACGAUGAUCAAGGAGUGCCCCACGACGAAAGAAGGAUCCUGACUCAGCUCAUUCGAGUUGUGGAGAUGUCGCCAGAGAAGGACGUUGGCGUGGGCAUUCUUACGGCGCAAAACAGGGACGUCUGGGCAGAGGCGUACGGCAGACUUGCCGAGAACACUCAGAACGCGGCGUCUCUCGAAGCGAUCAAGAAAGCCGCUGUCGUGGUGUGCCUAGACGGCGGGUUGGCAGACACGGAGCACUACGAGGUGGCGUGGCCUCGGCAGGUAUACAGGGGCGGCGCCAACGCCGAGUAUGCCGCCAAUCGCUGGUGGGACAAGCCGGUCCAGAUUGUCGUGGGGCAAGACGGAGGGUCCGCCCUUCUGUUAGAUCACACAGAUUGCGACGGCACCGUGAUGGCAGGAGUCACGAAACACUGCUACAAUUAUGCCUCAAGAACAGGAAGCUUCGAAGCAUCAGAAGACAACGCGGAAGUUGUACCACAGAAGGUGGAAUUUGUUUUGGGACCCGAUACCUUAAUCGACAUAGAAAAAGCGAGAGCUUUUUACGUGAGCCAUUCCGACGAUACCGAGCGGCUCAUGUAUCAAUUUCCGAGCUAUGGAAAAUUGUUCGUCCAGUCGUGCAACAUGAGUCCAGACGGCUACGUGCAGAUGGCUAUGCAACUGGCGGCCUACAGGUAA